CUAUCCCAAGUUAGUAGGAAAAUCUAACUGUGAGACGGACGACGGAAGCAACGAGGCACCCUGUAUAUGGUUUGUAUCGCAGUAGUCGCCGUGAUUAUGCUGUCAUGUCAAUCAACGUUAUGGAUAUUAUGGAUGACUCCGAACUCUGUAAAUCGUUUUCUACAACUCCUGCUGCUGUCGGAAAUUAUGCUGGUAUUCCAUACAGAAUGAAGACGAAAUGGAAUAGUUUUAACAUCGUCACAGCCUUGUAGUUCAUGUAUGCCGAGAAAGGAUGCACUUGUUUGGAGGCAUUUUUCUUUUACAAACAUUCGUCAUCGUCACAUAUACGCAGACCAGCCAAAUUAUUCGAGAUUAUUUUGUUUACAAAAAGGUAUCCAGAGUAGUGGGAUUUUCUUGCGGGGAUGUGGAAGAUUCAGAGUUUAACUUUCUUUGCCCAGAGGAUUUCCUUACGAUGAGGUUGCUGAACGUCGCUGGGAUAGCCACCGGGAUUAAACCGACUGGAUCACAAAUCAAUAUACCGAGGUAUCUUGACACUGAUCGGACUCUAGGAGUAUUUGUGGACGUACAAUGUCCGCAUCAGAAUGUUAGCGGCAUUUUUGACGAAGCUUCAGCCCAUCGCAUGUUUGAUUACUCGUAUAACUGGUUGAUCAUCGGAAGCAACUUGAACCACAGUUUGCAGAACUUGAACGAGAGUGGUUUCAGCAUCGUCACGGAUUUCGCAAUUUUAUUGCCGAGUGAAACUGAUCUGAACGGAACUGAUUACAUCUUAUAUGAUAUAUACAAUCAUUGCAAAAUGCGUGGCGGAGUACUCAACGUUACGUGGCUUGGUAGUUGGCAAAAGGAUAAAGGACUCACGAUCAAUCUGACUGACUCGAAGAUUGCCAGACGACGAAAUUAUCAUGGUUUGCGAGCCAAAGCAGCCGGAAUCGUACUACAUAGACCGGAACACGUGAGCUUGAUAGAUUAUCUGGAAGGCGACAGCUUGGAAGUCAUGGAUAACUGGCCGAAAUUCGGACACACUCUUCUCUCGCAUGUCUCCAACAUGUUUAACUUUACGUUGGAUCUUAUCGAGAUCAAUCACUGGGAAAAGAAUGACAGCAACGGUCCUCUGAUGAGUACUUUGAAAAGAGACGAUGCCGAUUUGGGCUAUUAUCCUUCUAUCUUAACUAUUGAAAGGUACGGAUAUGCGCGUGUUAUUCUUCAGCAAUGGCCUACACGUACUUGUUUCAUGUUUCGUACCAUACCGGCUAUGAAAAUGAAACCCUGGAUAAUAUUGAAGCCGUUUGCAGCGGACACAUGGUAUAUGAUCAUCGUGAUCGUGGUGGUUACAAUUCUCAUUCUAUCUUGUAUAUUGAAGUUAGAACGUGCUAACGAUUAUGGCUGCAGCAUUUCGGCAUUGAUCACUGUUGCGGCAUUAUGCCAGCAAGGUACUUACGAUGAUGACGAUAUGACAAUGAUAUAUUGUUUUCCUGUUAUCAUAAUGUCAAUUAGGUUUCCCUUUUCUCACUGACCAAUC